AUGUUAGACAUAAUUAGACAUGAAUUAAUAAGAGAGGUCACGUGACGUCACGUUACGUAGGAGUUUAUGGCGGGAAAUGGCGCUCGCAAGAGAGACGGACAGUUAAAACGUCGGUUGAGAAAAACUGCUGCAAUUGUACCAAAGCCAUCUCGCCAGUAACUAAAGCAAUCGCACAUUAUAUUUGCAGAUGCUAAUUUUUUUUUGGCUUUUAACUGGUAAUCUGUUAUAAUCAUCAUGGCAAGUGAGCAGAAACUGCGCCCCGUCCAGAGCUGUCAGAUGUUGCCAGAUGUGGUGUCCACCGAACAGCAGUCGCUGGUGCUUGUGAAAAAACUUCUAGCCAUUGCUGUCUCAAGCAUCACUUACCUCAGGGGUCUUUUCCCAGAAAAGGCUUAUGGACCCAAAUAUGUGGGAGAGCUGAAAGUCCUGAUAUUGCAAGAGCAUAGCUGUCCUGGUGCCCAGCAGAUUGUGCAGUGGUUGCAGGGAUGUUUUGAUGCACUUCAAAGAAGAUAUCUGCGCAUGGUUCUUCUAUCAAUUUACUGUGAUCCAGACAAUCCACAGAAAGUGACUGAAUGUUACCAGUUCAAAAUCAAAUACACAGAGAAAGGACCUCAGAUGGACUUUGAGAGCAAAAAUGGGCAGAGCCUGACUAAAAUGGCCUGUGACAACACCCAGAAAUCCAGUAUGCUGCUGGUGCGCAAACUUUACAUGCUGAUGCAAAAUCUCGGCCCACUGCCUGACGACGUCUGCCUCAACAUGAAACUCUUCUACUAUGAUGAGGUGACCCCUCAGGAGUAUCAGCCACCUGGCUUUAAGGACGAUGACAACAGGACAGUGAUAUUUGAGAGGGAACCAGUAAAUCUGACCAUGGGAGAGGUGGUCACACCUUUUCAUAGCCUCAGAAUGAACGUCACCACUGAGCGGAAGAGACUUGAUCCGCCUGAUGAUGAUGAUGAUGAUGUGGAAGUAUGUGUGAGUACAAAAUGGUCUUUGAAAAUGUUUGAGGAUGGGACGAUGUCUGAAACUUCAGUUCAGCAGGAGUGUAUGACAAAGGAGAAUGUCAUCACUGAUGCUGGCAUUGAAUACUCAGAAACUCAGGAGAACUCACAAGAGACUCACAGAAACAGCAAGGAGGAUCUUACAACAGGUGCAAAGAUUGACAAUCUGGUAAAGAAAACUGCUGAUCUUAAGGUGGACGCCAGGAAGACCAGGAGUGGACGCAUCUUUGAGCCUCAGAUCUCUCAGUUAGAGUUCCCGCUAAGCCAAGAUCCCCAGCCAUCUGCCCCAAAGAGGCGCAAAGUCAGUGUACCCAAAUAACACUGUGACUAGUACACUCACAAUAUUUCCAGUACAGUCACACUGCAACAAACUGACACAUGCUGCAUCCUGUUUAAUGUCUUUUGGUUUUGGUUUGAUUCAUUUAGUUGCAGAAAAUCUUUGUAAAACAAGUUCUAUGGUUCAAGGGCAUACGGUAACAUGAUGAGUGCACUAAGGAGUUUGAAAUUGUGUACUUUGUUAUUUAUGUUAAUAUUUUAUGAGAUAUAUUUGAAUAGUCACAAUUUGCUUUCAGUGCCAGGACAUUUUAGUAGCUUUGCUGGAUUUUAGUCACUGCUGCCAAAGUACCAUGUACAUAUUUAGUUACUCCACUAGAUGGCAGCAUGCACAUUGCCUGUGUGUUUGUAUCAAAACAGUGAUUCCAAUAAAAACAUGCCUUUACUUUGA